AUGAGCAGAGGGACGUCAGAUCGAGCACAAAGAGCAGAAGAAGACACCGUCAGGCUGAGCGUCCAUCGUCCGUCUUCGUCGUUUUUUUGUUUUCCUGUCGAAGUUGAAGUUGAAGUUUUCGAAGUUUUUUUUUUUGAUGUCGUUAAAAAAAAGGCGGAAAACCCUUUUGGGAAACUGGCAGAAAAAAAAGUCACAAACGUCGACUUUUUCUUCUUCUUCUUUUAUUCUACGUUGUUUAUGAUUGCUGUCAUUGUAUGUGUCGAUGAGUGGAUGAGUGGAUGUACUGUGAGCGAAGCACUGAAACCACAGGCCAUUCCUACGUCGUACGGGCAACUCGACAGCGGUGCCAGACCCACGAAGACACAAGCAGACACAAGCAGACAUAAGCAGACACAAGCAGGCCCAGGAAGAUCUCAGUCUUAG